GGGAAUAAGUUGGCCGAUCAGCUAAAAGAAUUGCAAGUGGAGCUUGUUUUAGGAGAAAGAAUUAACCUCAAUUCGGUCGAUACUAACGGAUUAACACCAAUUACCCUGGAAACCAAUAAUAGAAGGGUGAUUGAAUCCGAUAUACAAUUUGUGACUAUCGGUAGCAAACCCAACACUGAAAUUAUUAAAACAUUGGAUGACUCACUUCUUGAACCUGAUACUAAUUUGAUCAAGGUUAAACCCACUCUUGAAUUGGAGAAUGACAUUUACGAUCGUAUAUUUGCUGCAGGGGAUAUCAUCAAUAUUAAAGAAACUAAACUGGCUUUCCGGGCGGGUCUCAAUGCCGAUAUAAUAGUAAAGAAUGUACUGGCAAAGAUUAAUAACAAUAGUUUGACUGAUUAUAAGUCACCACCCGAAGUAAUGUUUGUUACGAUUGGAAAGAACAAGGGUGCAGGUCUUUUACCAAUGUUUGGUGGUAAAGUUGUAGGAAGCUUCAUGGUCAAAAAUCUCAAGGGUAAAAGUUUGUUUGUCGAUAAAACCUGGAAAUCUUUGAAUGCCAAACAAGAAAAGUAA